AUAAAACAAGCCUCACCAACCCAGAUCCUACGAGGUAUAUUACCACUCUACAUUCAAGACAACUCCCAGUCACCAUCCCAUCUCUCUCACCUUUACUCAUUCAGCCACUCACUCAAAUAGCAACAACAAGCAACAACAAGCAACAGCAACAACAGCAACAACAAUGUCCCGCCAAAUCUCCCACCUCGACACAACCAUCCCCUCCCCCACAAACCCGCUCCUCACCCUCCGCACAAUCCUCCCCUCCGACGCCCCCUCCCUCUCGCACAUCCUCUCCGCACCCUCAAACAAGACCGACCCCAACGCCAAAGACAUCGAUGUCGCAACUGCGGGCGCAGUCAUCGGUCGCAUGCGCGAAGCAGCAAGCCAGCCCACCGUCCUCGACGACCAGGGAAAUGUGGUUUCUGGACCGAGCCGCGUAAACAUGAUGCUCGUGCUCAAGACGGAGGACGAAAACGGCCAGCCCGUUGAAAAGGUCAUUGGUAUUGGAGGGUUUGGGGCAAUCAAGGACUGGGAGCGAGAUGGACGCAAGGUCCGCGCUGGAGACGUGGGCGUCAUGCUGGAUCCUGCGUACAAGCGACAAGGCUACGGCGUUGAGGCUAUGAAGAUGGCAAUCAAUUGGGCAUUCACGCCUGCAAGCGAGGGAGGUCCUCAGCUUGAUCUGGUCACCAUCACCACGCUGGAAGAUAAUGAUCCAAUGGUCAAGCUUCUGCAUAAGAAACUUGGACUCGAGGGCAAGGGGGUCGUGAGUCCGGCCGAGUUUGACAAGGACAAGAACGAGAUAUACUACGAACUCACCAAGGAGGAUUGGAGAAGUAUCAGCACCGAGUAA